GAGGGAGAGAAUUCCGCGAAUAGCUCUGUCGUACAAGACGGGAGACGAAUUGUUUUUACUUCGUUCGAUACAGUCUUUUCGUUAUUAAAAACAGUGUUAUUGGAGAGGCUAGAAAGAUAUCAGAAGCUGUAAGUAUUGUUUUCAACGUUACUUGGUUGUUUUCCUGAGAGAAAAGAGAAAAUCCUACGAUAAAAUCACUUCGAAGAUAAAUUAUUCAAGGUUUCAGUGGACUUGGGGAUUAAUUAUUCUGCUUGRGGAAUACUCGACGGUGAUUGGCUGAAAGCUACAAGACCGAGCAUUUUGCCUUCUUCGAUGGAACUUGCCUUCGUCAUGUCGUAACAGAAACCCCAAAAAAUAACAAUAUGGCUUUAGUAUUACUCCUCAAAACGUGCACAAACCUGCACGGUAAAGCCGACAGAAUCGCCAGGGUAACGUUUCGAGGGAUCACAUAUCAAACAAGUGUGGUUGAGCAUUCCUCAGAAGCAGAUUGGGAUGAGGACUUUGAGUGGCCCCUGGCGAGUCCUCUGGACCCAAGCGAAUUCAUCGAAAUUGAAGUUUACACAUUUAACAAAAUAUUUCAAAACAGACUUGUUGGAGUGUUCAGGAUGGUUUUACAAAGACUUAUACAAGAAGGACAUCUUGAAGUAGAAGAAAGCUUAGUAGAUAUGAACAACACAGUUCUCAAGGCCACUGUAGCACUAGAAUUGCAGUACUCACCCCCUGAAGGAAAUGUCUCACAAUGGGUCAAUAACAACGGUAUGUCCGACGCCCUGGACGCUCCUCUCAUUCAAGACUACGAUAGAGARMGACGGUCAUCUUUCGUCAGUCUUAACAGCAAAACACACAAGAGCCAAUCAAUGGUUAGYCUCCAGUCUUCUGGAAGUCACAGACGGUCUGACAGAAAAGAGUCUAUGCCGACGUCCUUCGGCGGCGGGAAAUAUAUCGGUGAAGGGAACAUGACGAGUAUGGCGUCUCCAUUCGACGCCAUGUUAGACGGACAAAGAGGACUUGGAAGUCGGCGUGGUUCACAGAAUAGUGUACAUAGUGAUAGAAGUAUGAGUACAAAAUGCAGYCAUCAGCAUCCUCGUGUACGAGCUGAUAAGAAGAUGUCUGUUAGAGAACAAGAUUACCAGAUACAAAUCCGUAUCCAUGAAGCCCGACAGUUAGCCGGUACGCAGAUCGACCCGGUGUGUACGGUUAGUGUAGGUAACCAGAAAAAGAGCACUACUAUCAAGGAACAAACUAACUGUCCAUUCUAUGAUGAGUUCUUUGUCUUUGACUUCAAAAUGCCGCCAAUGAUGCUAUUCGAUAAAAUCAUCAACUUCCAGUUUUUCACAGGAAGAAAUCUUGUGUCCCAAGGUGCACUAAUCGGUGCCUUCAAGCUUGACGUUGGUACAGUGUACGCUCAACCYGAUCACAGAUUCUGCCGAAGAUGGGCGGUGCUAACUGACCCCGAUGAAACCUUAGGGGCUUCUGGCGCAGGAAUUAAGGGAUAUUCCCGAGUGGAUAUUACAGUGCUUGGAAAGAAUGACCCAGCRAAGGAGGCACCAGGCAUCAAAGAUAAUGAUGACGAUAUCGAAGGAAAUCUUCUUCUUCCUGAGGGAGUGCCUGCCGAGCGACCCAAGGCACGAAUCAUCGUUAAGAUCUACAGAGCGGAUGGACUUCCAAAAAUGAAUACUGGGCUGAUGGCAAACGUUAAGAAAGCCAUCACAGGAGAGGUUCGAGAUCUUGUCAACCCCUACGUGGAGGUAUCKUUUGCAGGACACAAGGCAAGAACUACWGUCAAGAAGAAUACGUACGAUCCAAAGUGGAACGAGCAAGUUGUCUUCUCAGAGUUGUUCCCACCCCUGUGUCGUCGAAUCAAAAUGCAGCUUAAGGACAGCGACUCCGUCAGUGAUGAGGUCAUUGGUACACAUUUCAUUGACUUGUCCAGGAUAUCCAAUGAUGGCGCCAAUGGCUGGCUAUCUGAGGUGUAUAUUCCAGGCUCAGGCAUUAAAGUUCCUGGUUCUAUUCAAGCUCCUGUACAUAGAUAUCCAACUGACAUCGGUUUUAUGCCAACAUUUGGGCCGUGCUGGUUAAAUCUGUAUGGGUCUACACGUGACUAUUCCUUGUUUGAUGAACACAAUGACCUCAAUAAUGGCCUGGGCGAAGGUGUUGCAUUCAGAGGUCGCAUCUUGAUUGCUGUUCAUGCAGAAUUUGGAGAAUCUGCUUCUGAUUCAGGCAUUCGUCAAGUUGAAGUUGAGCCCACUCCACCCAUCUCUGACACUGCAGCCGGCAAAGAGGAACAUUUCCAAGURUUCGCAUGUUUCUACGAGGCCAGUAUGAUUGACAGAAAGUGUGGGGAUAAGAUGAUUAACUUUGAAAUGAGUAUCGGYAAYUGGGGCAACACUCUUGAUGGCGUCCCUCUGGAAGAGAUUCAGGAAGAAGGAGAUCGUCGUGACGGCGAAAAUCCAUUUAUUCAUUCUCUCACUCCCCCCGUUAAACCGGUCACAAACGAUCGCACGUAUUACCACAUCCCAUGGGAAGACUCCAAACCAUGUACACAUAUCAAGUUUAUGUGGCAAGAUCAUCGUCGUCGACUGUACAAUUCCAACGUGUUGCUAAAGAUUUGUGAGAGACUUGAAGAUGGUUUGACUGAUUGCAUGGAGAGAGUUAAAAUGGAUCUACCGAACACUUUCCGAUGGUUAAGCCGAGUGUUGUCCGAACUCACCAAUGGCUGCAAUCAAUACUUGAACCUGAUAAAGUCCAUGCCUACUGCCUCCCAUGUGGGACGCACCAAACUAGACAAGGAAAGACUGAAGCUAUGCCAGUACGAAGUGGAAUCUGUGUGUACGUCUGCGCAAGAACUAAAAGCAAGCACAAGGGAUGAUUCCCACAUCAAAGACAACUUGAAAGCAGCUAAUGCGUUGUUACAAAGACUACUGAACAUUGCUGUUGAGCCUCAAGACACUAUCCCCGAUGUGUUUGUGUGGAUGUUGUGUGGUGGUAAACGAGUAGCAUACACAAGGAUUCCCGCUCAGAACAUCAUMUAUUCGCUGGUCGAGGAAGAAAGAGGAAAAGACUCGGGCAGAAUGCAGACUGUGUUCCUUCGUUUACCAGGAAAGCGAGGUGAUGGACCUAAGGGAUGGGCAAUUCAAGCUAAACUAAAUGUAGUUAUUUGGCUUGGUCUGCACAAACACAAGAAAGACUACCUAAAAGACGCACCCAAGGGCUACCAAACGCCGAAGAAUGCUCACAAGUUAAUGGCUCCACCGCCUAACCAUCUGAUUUAUACAGAAAAACAAAAGUUCAUUCUCCGCGCUCACACAUACCAGGCUCGAAGUCUGAUCGGCAGCGACGCUUCAGGGCUGUCAGAUGCUUUCGGCCGCGUGAUCUUUACCCACCAAGUGAGCGACACGCGUGUAAUCUGGGAAACACGCAGCCCUACGUGGGAUCAGACGUUGAACUUCCAAGAAAUUGUACUAUGGGGGGAUGUAAACGAGAUUGCUGUUAACCCGCCGACCAUUGUCAUUGAAAUAUUUGACAAGGAUAUUGGAGGAGAUUCAGAAUUCAUUGGUCGUGCUCUSGCUCGUCCUAUUGUCAAGAUGGCAUGYGAACCCUACGAGAAGCCUUUCUUCCCGCCCGCUUUGGAAUGGUUCCAGAUUUGCCGUGGAGAAGAAAAUGCYGGRGAGCUCCUGGCUGCAUUUGAAUUAYUACAGGUAUGUAUGAGAACUGCUCCARAAGUCAAGCCAAGAGAUUUUAAAAUAUGUUUUGUUUCUUGCUAGGUUACUGGUGGAACAUGUUUCCUUCCACCUGAGAUUGAACCUGUGAACACACCUGAUGGUCCAAUAACCCCUGUACCCGUUGGAAUACGCCCUGUUAUGAAGAAACACAGAAUUGAGGUUCUAUUCUGGGGAGUACGAGAAAUGAAACGUAUCAACUUGACCACCGUAGAUCGACCACAGGUCGAUAUCGAUCUGGCAGGACAUGUUAUCCAAUCAACCGUCAUCACUAACGCAAAGAAAAACCCCAACUUUCAAAACCCUGUCUGUUUCUUCGAUGUGGAACUGCCCGAGAACGAGCGUUAUUGUCCACCGCUGACCAUUCGUGUGCGUGAUUGCCGUACAUUUGGUCGUUUCACACUUGUUGGUACCCACGUGUUGAAUUCACUUCACCGAUACCUACAGUCUGGCGAGAAAGAAAAAGAGAAGAUUGAAAUAGCUGAACAAAUCGCGAACGGCCCAUCGCGACCCAACUCACCGUCUGAAAUCGCGUUGGAUAUGGAGGAACCCCCACCACCUAUGGACCUGGAAAACCUGGAAAUGAUGGAAAAGAAGAAGAAAGGAGAUGGUGAUAAGGACAAAGAUUCCAAAGACGAUGACGACGAAGAUUCCCUUGACUGGUGGUCACGUUACUACGAGACGAUGAAAGACCUCGAGAAAGCAGAAAARGAAGCUGAUAAGCCUACGGUUUCCUCAAAGAAGAAACCUCCAAAGGAAAAAGAAGAAUCAGAAGAAGAGAAAAGGCGAAGAGCAAUUCCAAGGAUCACGAUUUUCAAGAGUGAGCUUGAGGAAAUGUUAGACUUCAAUGGGUUUAAUGACUGGCUUCACUCGUUCCCACUCUUCCGCGGUAAGAAGACCAGCGAAGAUGACGACGAUGAACACAGAAUUGUGGGUAAAUUUAAGGGCUCACUGAAAGUCUGGAAGUACCCACUUCCUGAGCAUGUCGAAAUGGACCCCAUCGUUGGAACAUUCUUGAAAUUGCCAAGCAACGAACCAGUCAACGUUCUUUGCAGGGUGUACGUUGUCAAGGCUCUCAACCUUCAUCCAUCAGACGUGAACGGUAAGGCUGAUCCAUACAUCAUGGUGACGCUGGGUAAACACAAAGUCAAGGAUCGUGAUAAUUACGUAUCCAAGCAACUCAACCCUACGUUUGGAAGAUGUUUUGAGUUUGAUGCUAUUAUCCCCAUGGACUCCAUGCUUACUGUAGGUAUCUAUGAUUGGGAUCUUGUUGGUAGCGAUGAUCUGAUUGGUGAAACUAAAGUGGACCUGGAGAAUCGAUUCUACAGCAGGCAUCGGGCUACCUGUGGUCUUCAGGAGGCAAACUUGAAAUGUGGGUGGAUAUGUUUCCAAUGGACAUGCCAUCGCCCGGUGCACCAGUAGAAAUAACACCACGAAAACCUACAAGCUACGAGCUGAGAGUUGUUAUCUGGAACACUGAAGACGUCCUGCUUGACGAAGCCAAUCUGAUCACUGGAGAGAAGUGCUCUGAUAUCUUUAUYAAAGGAUGGCUCGAGGGUCUUAAGGAAGACAAACAGCAAACAGAUGUUCAUUACAGAUCCCUAACUGGAGAAGGAAAUUUCAACUGGAGGUUUAUCUUYCCCUUCCAGUAUCAGAAAGCGGAGGAGAGAAUUGUUAUUACAAGGAAGGCAAGUUUCUUCUCAUGGGACGAGUCGGAGGAAAAGGUUCCUGCUCGACUACAUCUACAAGUAUGGGAUGCUGAUGCUUUCUCGGCUGAUGACUUUAUUGGUGAUCUGUGCUUGGAUCUAACGCGCAUGCCCCGUGGAGCUAARACUGCCAAGACAUGCACGCUUGACCUAAUGAAACAAGAUGGAAGUAUACCUCAAGUUUCGUUUUUCAAGAUGAAACACAUGAAGGGUUUCUGGCCGUUUAUUGUCAACACAGAAGAAGAAGAAGCUGAACUUGCAGGAAAAGUGGAAGCAGAACUUGAGUUGUUGACGCAGGAAGAAGCCGAGAAGAAACCCGCWGGACGGGCCAGAGAAGACCCUCAGGCUCUUGAAAAACCAAACCGACCUGACGCUACCUUUACAUGGAUGAUGAAUCCACUCAAGGGCUUGAAGGCCAUGCUGUGGAACAACUACAAAAUGUGCAUGCUUAAAUGUCUCGUUAUUGGUCUACUUGUGGCCCUUAUGGGACUUUUCUUCUACUCUAUGCCGGGUUAUACUGUCAAAAAGAUCUUUGGGGCCUAAACUACGUUGCCAAGACAACGUCUAUUUAUUUAUGCAGGUCAUAUAUUUAUUUCCAGUAAUUCGGUGAAUCAUGGGAAUCAAGUCGGUGUUCCGCCAUCUUGGAAUAAGGCUGCUUUUAAGUUAAAUUAACUACAGACAGUCGAUAAGUCUAAAAGUCAUACACAAAUAUAUAACAGAGAUUUCGUUAUUUUUAUAAUUCCAGUUUAAGUUUUUUUUAUUUUAAAUUUUGAGCUGAGUUCUCGAAGAAAUCAGUUUUAAAUCAGCCGCUGAGUUACGUUUUCAAAAAGCGUCGAAAUCCUUCUCCAUUUAUCGGUGAUACAUUUACUGCUGCAUGUUGCACUGCAUCUAUUUUACUUUUUUUUACUUUUGCAAAAAAAUAUGUCUUGAUUAUUCAUCUUAAAAUGAAGUAUCCCGUCGGACUUUUCAACCCUUCCACCCCUAAUUAUGUUAAUUAAUGUCAAUUUAAUGUUAAGUUCAAAUCAAAGAAUAGAGAGGKAAAUAGUUAUUCCUCAAAAAAUAUUUUCCUCUUAGUGAAGARAUAUAUAUUGACUAACAUGAAAGUUAUUGAUACUAGAUAUAUAGUAGUGGGUUGGGUGAUAUCAUACUCGAUGGGAUUAUUCAGCCAUAGAUCAUAUCCGGUCUGAAAACGGAAGUAAAACAACCCAAYCUUCAUGAAUACUGCGCACGGCAUCCUGGGUACAAAGUUACAAAUGAUUGACGGGGAUCAAUCAAGUCGGUUAAACUAUGUCGUCAUAAAUGUCCAAGAUAAUUAUUAUUACAUAUUCAUUAUCAAUAAGGAUUACUUACACCUMGGUCUAUUAGUUAAUAUGGUGCUUGGGAUACUCAGUUUCAUARAAACUCGUUUCGGCUAGUUGUAGUGAAUACUGCAGCGUUUGAUCAAGGAUCUUAUAAUUAAGAUGCAAAAGUUGCAUUAAUUUGCGUCAUUAUUUUUGGCUUAAGAAAAGCAUGACAUUUCCCUUUUGGGAAAAGAAUAUUGAAUACUUCAUGAUUAGUUAUUUUACUUUGAAAAAUGUAUAUAAAGAAAGAAAGAAACGGAUUAAGUGGAUUUUGUACAUAAAGAUGGCUGAAACGAGUAAUUUAAUUAUUUAAAUAUCAAGGAAUUCAAGCGAGGUUAUCAAAGGUCCUAGUAAUGGAGUAGUAUGGUAACGUUGCAGUUUUCCAGUGAAAACUGUCAUUCUUCCAAUGUAAUGUAGAUUAAGGUUCCUCAAAACUUAAAAUAAASUUGAUAAAUGGGAUA